AAGCCGUGCAUCCAUUUUCAGUUCGUUCCAGACGUACCUUUUCGCCAACGCAACGCCUCCCUCAAAAUUUCAAUCUCUCUCUCUCUCUCUCUCCACAAUUUGUACCAAAAUUUCAAUCUCUCUCUCUCACAUGUACGCACACACACUGCCACAGUCUUCUUCUUCUUCAUCAUAAGUAGGAGUAUUUUCUAUACGCACACAUAGGUUUACGGACCAUUCUCGAAUUGACUUGAAUCGAAGACGAUUCAGGAACUUCUCCCACGGUUUUGACCACGAUAUCUACGCAGAUGAAGCCAAUCAGGCUUCCCGAACCACCCAGCGGCCCCACGGGCGUGCCGGACAUCUUCGAAGGCGGCGUUUACGGCGUCGUCAGGCGCGCUGUCAUCAUCGGCAACGGUUUUCCCGCCUCAGAGAACCAGAGCAUCGGUCUCGUUCGCGCCCUAGGGCUUGCCGACAAGCAAACGCUAUUCCGUGUUACAAGGCCUAAAGGAGGAGUCAAUGAGUGGCUUCACUGGCUCCCAGUUUCUCUACACAAAAAAUUAGAUUAUGUCAUCAGACAGAUAUAUGGUUACUCAAGAAUUCUGUUAGCAGGCAGAGGAAAUAAACUUCACUCUUUGCCUUUUGAAAAUGGUGGCAGUGUGGGCUUAUCAUCUGUUGUAGAGGCUGAUGUUAAGAAAAUAGUGACCAUGGCUCAUGAGACUUUUGAGAAGGAUGGCCCUUUACUGGUGGUGGCAUCUGGUAGAGAUACCAUAUCAGUUGCUAGUGCCAUUAAGAGAUUAGCAUCCAAUAACGUUUUCGUUGUUCAGAUUCAGCACCCAAGGACGCAUUUGAAUAGGUUUGACAUGGUCAUCACUCCUCAUCAUGAUUAUUAUCCUUUGACUCCUCAUGCACAAGAGCAGGUUCCUCGGUUUCUCCGCAAGUGGAUCACUCCACGCGAACCUCCGGACAGUAAUGUGGUUCUCACUACAGGAGCUCUAUAUCAAGUUGAUGCUGGUGCAUUGCGGACUGCAGCUACUGCCUGGCAUGAUGAGUUUGCACCUUUGCCAAAGCCCUUACUCGUGGUUACCAUUGGAGGCCCUACAAACCGUUGUCGAUAUGGUGUGGACCUCGUAAAGCAGCUGACAGUCUCUCUGCACAAUGUUUUAGUGAGCUGUGGUAGUGUAAGAAUAUCUUUCUCGAGGAGAACCCCUGCGAAGAUAUCCAAUCUCAUCGUGAAAGAAUUUGGAAAUCAUCCUAAAAUCUACAUUUGGGAUGGUGAAGAACCAAAUCCGCACAUGGGGCAUCUAGCUUGGGCUGAUGCUUUCGUCGUUACGGCUGAUUCAGUCAGUAUGGUGAGCGAAGCUUGCGGCACAGGGAAGCCUGUGUAUGUUAUUGGGAUGGAACGUUGUACAUGGAAGUUUGUGGAGUUUCAUAAAUCUUUAAGGGAACGAGGUCUGGUGCGACCGUUUACUGGUCUUGAGGAUGAACAAACCCUGAGACAAGAUCCAGGGAGCACCCUUUCCUAAUAUAAGAGACCGUUCUACCAGAAAACGAAAAAAACUACUCCGGGCACACAGCCUGCUCAUCCAGGUCUAAAAACAUUAGAAGAGGCGUUCCACUCUUACUGAUCAACCUAUACCUUGGUAAAUACAAUUUGAAAACAGUAUGCUGAAAAGAACUCCUUCCUCUAUUCAUUCCCAUCGACUUCACUUCAGCUUAUAGGUGCCCAAUAGGCCUAUGUAUGUUAUUCUUUCCCAAACGGCACCAGCUCACCCAAACAGAUUUGGGGCACUCAAAGCAGAGUUAUCUAUGCAAUCACUAGUGGAAGUAGACCCUAACUAGCCAGUCUAUCCCUUGUAGACAAUCUUUGCAAUAUUGCUGGCCAUUGGAACAAUGCCCGUAUAGGGACAAGAUGUGGAAGCCAAAAUAACUUCGCAGUUCGCACCAUGGAACAUGAGGGAUUUAUCAGUGGUCUUCCCGUAAUAGCCCACCUCACACAAUCAGCAUGAGCAGCAUUAGGAAGGAAUCCAUGUGAUAUUAGCAGGAAUUUUCUCUAGUACCAGCCCUACGACAUUUCCAAUUCACGUACCAUCUUGUGGAUUGGGAUAGAGUUUGCACUUCAAUUCGUGUAGGGGGUUUGGGAGUUAGGAGGCUUGCCGUUUUCAAUCAAAGUUUAUUAGGGAAAUGGUUGUGAAGAUUUGCCAGUGAAAGGGAUAGAUGAUGGAGGAAGGUGGUGUGUACUAGGCAUGGGGAAGGCUUGGGUGGGUGGUCUUCGUUCGAAACGCAACUGCUGCAUGGUGUGAGACUUUGGAUGGGGUGAGUUUUCUAGACAUACCAGUUUGAAGGUGGGGACAUAGAGGAGGGUGAAGUUUUGAGAGCCAUAUUUGUUGUGGAGAAGUUGGAUUGCGAGAUGCUUACCCAUCUAUAUUUCAGUUAGCUGUGGAUGGAGAUGUGGCAGUCAUGGGAGGCUCCCCCAUUAGUUGAGGGGUUCAAGCGAACCCCCUGGAUCCAGAAAAUGUGCUAAAUUUUCUAUAUUUUUUGUAUGUAAUUUGAUUUUUCCUUUAGUAUUGUCUACAUUGGAUCAGUAGUACAAAGUCAAAAUGAAUAAAAUUUGAUUAAAUUUGUGAAUAUUUGUAUAGUAUAGCUCAACAAAAUAACACAAACUAGGCCCAAUAAAUUUCUAACUAUAGUAGAAAAACUUCAGUUUAAUAGAGUUUUUAUUG